AUGCGAUGGACCCGAGAAGAGUUUCGACAGCAUGCAUGGCAACUUGCAGAUGGUGACAGAGUUUACGGUGAACAACGAAGUUCCCUCAACCAUACAAUGGAACAGGUCUCAGCGUUGGAAGGAUGGGUGUCAGGACUGGAAGGUCAGAUCGCAAUGGUGAGCGAUUACUCAGAAUCAGUGCAUCACGGUUUGGUGGAGCUAGGUGGCUUCACACGAAUCACAGACUUGACUGCAGAAGAGAGGAGAGGGCUCUACGCAACAGAAAGAGCCAACUUGGUUGCAAGGAACGCUAUGGGUUCCAACUACUACCUUCGUGGAAUCCGCCAACAGUUCCAUGGAAGUGCAACAGGUGACAACACAGACAAUCCUGAGGAUGAUGAGUCAAUGCAUGGAGAAUCAGCAGAAGAAGAAGCUCCAGAGAAUGACCCAUAUGUCUCAGGAGGCAGUGCAAGUUCUACGAGCAGGCCGAUUGGAGUGUCAGUGAUCAUGAACGACCUGACGACCCAAUUGAACAAUGCGUUGGCACGUGAGCACUGGCGAGACGCCUCAGUCUUGCAACAUCUGAUGAUGGACCUUCUGGACCUCACAUACCAAAAUGGGUAUGACAAUGCUGAGAGACGCAACAGGUACAUGGAACACUUGAUCCAAAGGUUUGAGGAGAUGACAGCAGAUGCAAGAAGGAAUGGACACGUAGACGUUGUGGCAGUCUACGAAAGCCUUUUGCAACAGUGGCGCAGAGUGCGAAAUGACUGGGUGGAGAUGUUGGAGAUGGUCACCGUUUUGCACCGCCUGUCGGCCGAUGUGCUUCGCUUUUUGAAGGUUAUGGGAUUCAUCAAGGGUGUCAAGGUGCCGACUGCAUCCCUAGCACGGUUCUCGCAUCAACAUUUUCAGAACCGCUGCAACACCAUUGCAAGACAUGGGUCUAGGCCUAGGAGCGUGCGAUUGUUGGAUCAACCGGAAGAUGCUGGUGUUUGUCGCAGUUGCCUCCACCAAAAACGCUGGGUUUUCUUGCUGGUGCUGCUGGUGAUCAUUGAUUUGAUCGCCGCGGCCACGCUGUUCGGCCAUGGACGACACCAGGCGCUGAUCAUGGGAAUUCUUCGAGCCCUUCUGCUCUCCUUCAGCUUUGCCCUGGCCGUCAAGAUGGGCCUUGGGAUGUGGAGCUGCGGCGCUGAGGGCCCAGAGGAGACUCAUCACGCCACCGGUGAAGUCAGUGAGCUGGACCGACAACGUGCUGCGGUGGCCAACCGCGAGGCUCAUAGCUGGAAGAGGAACUUGGUCCUGGGCAUAUGCUUUGUAGGCGUCACGGUGGAAUCCACCUACACUGGUAUUCAGGUCCUGUCCACCGAAGAGGAAACUGCACUGGAAGCCUUGUGCUUUACCCUGGUGGUUGCCUGCAUGAACGCUGAAUUUCUGGUGAUGAAAUACCUCGUGGAGCGUCUGACAGAAGAGGAGGGCGUGCUAUUGCCAGGAGUGCACGAGCACAGGCUCUACUACCAGAAGGUUGCACAGAUAGCCUUCUGCAAGAUCUGCCGAGAACGCAUUGGGACUCGAACAGGAGGGCCCGAGGGCUUCAUGUGCAAGGAAUGCGAUGGUGGCGGUAGAGGAUCAGGCUUUUGGGUCUGCCUGUUGUGUUACAGAAAGAGCCAGAACAGCAACACGCAGGAAGGUAUUCUACGUGGGGACAAAGGGCCGAAAUAUGUCCAAGAGCUAACGUCAUGGCAGUACUUCUGGCGAGCCAUUGAGCUCUGCCGCCCCUUCCGGCGCGUCUUGCAGUGUGCGGUGCUCUGCACCUGCAUCACUCAGCUGGGCCGAAUCUUGCUGCCCAACUACCAGGGGAGUAUCAUCAAUGACCUGAUUGCUGGGAACAAGCAGGCCGGUUCGGAUGCUGGUGAAACCACCAACACUUGA